GUUGAACACCUUCCAGAAGUGAUUCUUAGUGAUUUCGCGCCCAUGAUCUUGGGUGUGUACCACCCUCGUUUGUUUCUCGUGACAACCCCAUCACAUGAGUUCAACACGCAUUUCAGCCCUCCUGGCUUCCCUGAUCCUACGAAACGCAGAGACAGGGUGUUUAGGCUCCACGACCAAUGGACGGUCGAGGAGUUCCAGGAGUGGUGUGCCGGCAUCGCACAGGAAUGGGGGUACGAUUUGGAUACUAUUGGC